AUGUCUAAUAAUAACUCAACGCAAUCAAAAAAUGUUCCUAAGGAUGCGCAAGUAAUAAUGUCUAUUCUAAAAGACAUGGGUGUUUCGGAUUUUGAGCCCCAAACGAUUAUUCAACUGCUUGAAUUUACAUACAGGUACAUCACCACUACAUUGGAGGAUGCUAGAGUCUAUGCUACUCAUGCUAAUAAAAAGAUAAUUGACUUAGAAGAUGUACAAUUGGCUGUUCACAUGCAAUUGGAUAAAAACUUCACAACACCUCCUCCGAGAGAUAUGCUAUUGGAAAUAGCCAGAACCAAAAACUCGUUGCCAUUACCUCAAAUUCGUCCUCAUUGUGGAAUAAGAUUGCCUCCAGAUCGUUAUUGUAUGACUGCAUGUAAUUAUGAACUAAGAAGUAACAAAAAGCCUGCAGGAAAUUUAAAAUCAAAUACUAUUUAUAGUAAUGCUCAGUCUAGUGUUUUUAAGCCUCAAAUAAAAUCAGGAAUAAAGAGAUCUAUACAAACAAUAACUAGAACUCAAACUAUCACAAUUCCAAAGCCUAUAAUUAAAUUCACAACUAGCAGUAAUAUAUCUCCUUCUGAAACAACAGGACAAUCACAGCAAUCACCUAUUCAACCUCAAACUACUAGAGUUCAACAACAAUGGAAACCGAUUAUUCAACAACCAGUAGUUCAAACUGUUGUAGAACUUGAUGAACCUCCAGCAUCACUAAUAAAAAAAAGUAGUAUUAGUGAUGACAUUUGA